CUCCCUUGGCAUCUCCUAUCCUGCAUAGAGCCUCAAAUUUCUAGUUUGAUCAUGGAUUUCUUUCUCAUUCUCCUUUCAAUCCACUUCUUUUUUUGCUUUCUGCACCCAUUUGCAACCGCUCAAAACAUUACUUUGGUUUCUUCCCUCACUGCAAAUGGGAGCAAUUCGUCUUGGGUGUCACCAUCUGGUGACUUUGCCUUUGGUUUUCGAAGUAUCAAAACCAACGGUUACUUACUAGCCAUUUGGUUCGACAAAAUACCAGAGAAAACCAUAGUUUGGUCGGCCAAAGUGGAUGCCUUAGCCGAAGAAGGGUCCAAAGUUCAAUUCACGACAGAUGGAAAGUUCAUGCUUCUUGACCCCAGUGGAAAGCAAAUAUGGCCGUGGUGGAGCUGCCUAUGCCACCAUGCUUGA